AUGAUUACCAUCCGGCAUCUUUUCAGUGGUCAGACUCGCUUUUAUGUGGGGCGCACACUUCUUGGAAAGCGAUAUAAUACCACGAGCGCCAAGUCGUCCGGCCCGAGAGAGUUCAAGGUAGUACUCGACAACGAAACGCUGUAUGUUGACCAGCAGCUGGCGGAAGCUCUUGGAUGGAAGCCUGGUCAAGGCAUCGAUGGCGUGCCGCUGACCUUGAGUGGCUGGCCCCCGCAUUACUUUGCCAUCGCCAGAACUGGCACUGACAGCGACCUGCUCGCAAGAGGGACAGUGGAGAGCAGCCGUAAUCCGAAUGUCCAAACGGUUCUUGACUAUCUCAAAGACCGUUGA